AAGCCAUUUGCUCUCAAGUCAGAUACUCCCGGCGGGCGCUGGUUUGGCUUGCGAGCCGAUCCGAUGGGAGGUCUAGGUGGUGGGAUUUCCUUUUUCUCACUGGUCAUCCUUUCCCGUCUCCAGGCGGUGCAAAGCCAUGCUUACUUGGCAGACCCACCAAGUCGGAACUUGGUCAGGGCGACUGCGGGAUUCGAAGACUGCCCACACUGCCUGAACUCGAACGGCCCCAGCAACGUCGCCACCAGGGGUAACAAUGUGUGGCCAACCCGCCUCGCCCCAGAGGGCCACGGCCUGUGUGGUGAUCCCGUCCAGGGCCACGCCAAUCCCCCGACCUUGGCGGACGAGGAAUAUCUUGUGCCAACAGAUGCACAGAAAACCUACACCGCAGGGAGCGUGGUGGAGUUUCGGGUCGUGGUCUCAACGCACCACACUGGCCACUACGAGUACAGGCUUUGCAAUACCGUUCUCGAUGGGGCCACACUUCAGUCCAGCAAAGAGGCGCAAGAUUGCCUGGACAAAGUCAUUUUGCAGCGUGCUGACCCUCCAGCCGACUGUGUUGUCAACGACCAGCGAGGCGAUUGCCAGCCGAUCGACGUGGAGAAUCCUGGGCGGUGGUACCUGCCCCCGCGCGGUGCAAAUCCGCCUGGGGGGGCGUCCUGGAGCAGUGGCUUGCCGUCGGUGACAGAGGUCCACACCAUGAAGUAUAUCAUCCCUUUCAACUUCACAUGCUCGAAGUGCACGCUGCAGUGGUACUAUGCCACUGCCAACAGCUGCCUGCCCGACAACUCAUACAGGACAUACUUUCAGAAGCUUCAGAGCCUGGGUUGGGAUGCUUCGAGCUGGAGCGCCUGGGCCGUGGCCAGCUGGGCCACCUGCGACGCCGCGUGCUGUGGGCCCCAGGGCCGCGGCACCUUCGGGGAGGAGUUCUGGAACUGCGCGGACGUGGCUGUGUUGGAGGGGAGCGGGACGUCACCGUCGCAGUCGACCUCUUCCCCUGCGACGACGGCGCCAACAACCACUGGGGUCACCGCUACGACUACCACCACCCCAUCAGGGCCUUGUUCAGCCAUCUAUGAGCAAUGCGGCGGGAACAACUGGAAUGGUCCAAAAUGCUGUCAAUCAGGCACCUACUGCAAAUUCUCGAAUGAGUGGUACUCCCAGUGUCUUGCGGGCACGGCUUCAACAACCGUACCUCCAACGACGACGUCAACGACAAUGCCCUCCUCCACAGGAACUGUCACAACGACUGCUUCCACCGGCACCAGCCAGUGCUCAUGCUCUGCGAGUACUUCGUGGGAAGGAUCCUUUCGUCAAUUUGCUGCUUCGCUUGGAGGAAACUCCAACUUUUGCAGCCAGAACUUCGGCGGUUCUGGACCGUACAUUUCUGGAGGAGGUGGCGCCGGUUCGUCCGGUGGCUGGAGCGGAACAGAGCCGUGUGAAUCUGGCCAGUAUAGCUUUAGCGAGGAUGGAUGGAAGAUCAGCGUUUCCGCUGCCCAGGGCACGAGCAAGACGCCCUACCGCGCCUUCGCUUACCUGAACUUCUGCGGGGGCAGCGCGUACAGCGGCUGCUGGGCCAGUGAUGUCAAUGUCUUCUCCUUCGCGUACAAGACCUCCGGUGCAAGGGAGAUGGGCGCCUUCGUCAAGCUCCUCUUCUGGACGGACGGCGGCAGCAUCCUGGGCCUGGUGCCGCCGCUGCACCCGAAAGGCUCUGGAAAGCUGCGCCUGGUCUCCUUCAUGUCAGACGACUACCCGAACAACUGGCAGGAUGAAGUGGAGGUGGAAGACGACACCUGGUACCAUGUCACGGUCACCUUCCGGCCGGGAACCAGUGGGGUGGAGCUGAAGCUGCAGGAUUCUCCGUUCAGCAGCGGGUCGAUCCCGGUGACCAUGCUGUCCUCGUCCAAUGGUCCGCAGUUGGGCGUGUACGCCUUCGAUUAUUCUGGGUCUUGGCCCAGCAAUGGCUUCACGCUGUGGAUCAACCACCCCUGCGUCGGGGAAGCCACGUGCGCCGCAACUACGGCUGUUCCCAGCACCACAACAAGUGGCACCACAACCACGGCUGCGCCCAGCACAAGCACCACGACUGGUACAACGCCAGCUGGAUGCUCAUUGCCCGGUGCAAUGCAGGUGGGCACCCCCGUGGAUCGUCGGGGGUAUGCCUACGAGCACGGGAAGCUGAAGCUCUCAGGUGCGCAACUGGUGAACCUGAGGGGGGACGCAGUGCAACUGAAGGGCAUGUCCACUCAUGGCCUUCACUGGUUCCUAGACUGCUACGAGAAGGGUAUGGUGGAGCACCUGGUCUCCAGCUGGGGGAUCACUGUGUUUAGGGCCGCCAUGUACAUUGGCGAAGCUGGCUACGCCUCAGACAAAUCAGUGGCGCAGCUGGUGGAUGACAUUGUUGCAUGGGGUGAAGAAUUUGGUGUCUACAUCAUCAUUGACUGGCACGUUUUAACACCGGGGGACCCCAACCACUGGCUCACUGGUGCCGGUGCCUCUCAAGCAGAUGCUGCAGCUUACUGGCGCGAAACGGCACAGAAGUACAGAAACAAGACCCACGUCCUGUACGAGAUCUGCAACGAGCCAAACGGGGUUGAUUGGCCCACAGUGAAGACAUAUGCAGACAACAUCAUAGGGGUGAUCCGUGAGGUGGAUCCAGAAACCAUCAUCAUCGUCGGCACGCCCACCUGGAGUCAGGACAUCCACAAAGCUGCUGCCAACCCGGUACAGGCGCCCUACAACGUCAUGUACGCCUUCCACUUCUACGCGGGCACGCACAGCUUUCUGCUGCCGCGGGUGCGCGAGUACGCCUCGCGAAUCCCGAUCUUCUGCACGGAGUGGGGCACCAGCCAGGCCAAUGGCGACGGCGGGCCCUUCCUCGACCAAGCCAAGGAGUUCCUGGACCUCUUCGGCAGCGGCGAGCUGGGCGUCACGGUGAGCUGGGCCCAAUGGAGCCUGGCCGACAAGGCGGAGGUCUCGGCAGCCCUCAGCGCCAACAGCUGCCAAACCGACAGCUGGGACAGCGUGUCCUGCUCUGGCUUCUUCAUUCGGUCCUACUUGAGGAUGCACGCGGAGGAUCCAACCACUACAGCUGCACCGCCCACUUCCACUGUCUCGACAGUGGCCACUACGCAGCCUGUCGCAACCACGUCAGUUCCCACGACAAUGCCAUCUACACAGACAACCACAAGCACACCGAUGGCCACAACUACUCAAUCUGCUGUCAUGACGAUAGGUCCUCCUAUUGCCCGGGAGAUGCCUGCAGAAUGUGGCCGGUGGUGCCAAUACAAUGACAAUGGGUGGGAGACGAAGUGUACGUGGAUUGGCUGCAGCUUGUGCGCAGGAUGCGAGAGUACCACCACUCCAGUGCCUACAAGCACAUCAUCUUCGACUGCAACCACCAGCACAAGUACAAGUGGCUCUACGACUCAGGCCUCGACGACAGUAGCGACGACAGCCAGCACGACCACUUCCCCAGCCGGCCCUUGCGCGGCAGUCUACGGUCAGUGUGGUGGUGCGAACCACGCAGGGCCGACCUGCUGUGACGCUGGAUCCACCUGUACCUUCGGAAAUGAAUACUACUCUCAAUGUAUGCCUGGCUCGCCGACUCCCUCGCCGACUCCCUCGCCGACUCCCUCGCCGACCCCCUCACCGACUCCUUCGCCAACUCCCUCGCCAUCGCCCGGCCCCCCAGGUGUCAACCCCUUCGUGGGCCAUCCCUGGUACGUGAACCCAUCCUACCGCGACUUGCUUUCCACAUCUAUCAACCUCACCAGCGGCGCAGUGCGUGCCAAUCUUGAGUCCAUGCAGAACGUGCCCUCGGCCUUUUGGAUUGAUGUGAAGUCUAAGAUCUACAAGGGUCAGGGACACCCGGAUCUCAGUACCGUUGAGGGCAUCCUCGAGGAUGCCGCCAGUUGUUCGCCGCCCAGCCUCGUCGUGCUCAUCGUUUACGACCUCCCAAACCGGGACUGCUUCGCGCUGGCCUCCAACGGUGAGAUCUGCUGCCACUAUGGUGAAGAUGUGGGCCGGACCAAGUGCGACAUGUCGACUGAUGGGCAGAAUGCCGGCUUCUACCGCGAGGUUGUUGGUGCAAACUGCGCUGAUGGCUUGACCGAGUACAAGGAGACCUAUAUCGACCCCUUUGCAGAGGUGGUGGCGCGCUUUGCCGAUCGGGUGCCGGUGGUCCUGGUGAUCGAGCCAGAUUCCUUGCCCAACCUUGUCACGAACAUGAAGGACAAGAGGCCAGAUAACUUCCGCGGAUGCCACGACGAGACAAAGGUGGCCUACCAAGAAGGGAUCCGCUACGCUGUGGAGAAGCUGGCGCCCACUGGGGCGCAGCUCUAUGUCGACGCCGGUCAUGGCGGUUGGCUGGGCUGGGCCAACAGCAAUGACGACCAGACAGGCAAGUUUGCCACCAUCAUUGCAGAGAUGCAGAUUGCUGACAAGGUCCGGGGCUUCGCCACGAACGUGGCAAACUACCAGCCUGUGGGAUCACUGAUUUGCCCGCAGCCCGGUACUUGCAAGGGUCAGAUGAGCAAUGACCCAUGCUGCGCGGAUGACCCUUGCAACUUGCAGAAGGAUUGGAACUGGGCGCACAAUGAGCUCAACUAUGUAGACGUCCUGGACUACAAGCUGCGAGCGGCCAUCCCCGGUUUCACCCCGGCCUUCAUUAUUGAUACUGGCCGCAACGGCAAGCCCAACAGCCGCACCGACUGCGGCAACUGGUGCAACCCACGUGGCACAGGAGUAGGCCACGUCCCCACAACCGUGACGCCUGACGGACGCAUUGACGCCUUGUUCUGGCUGAAGACCCCGGGUGAAUCCGAUGGGUGCACGGAGAUUUUGCCUGACGGCACAAGCUGCCCCCGGUUUGACCAGAUGUGCGCGUCUGUGGACUCCCUGGGCAGCCAAAGUGGAGAACCCCGGGCGCCAGAGGCGGGUAUUUGGUUCCACUACCAAAUUGCCAUGCUCGCUGAGAACGCAAACAUGGGAGAUGCCUCCGUUUUCAGCACCCCAGGCAGCUGCGGAACCAUAUCAUCUGGAUCACAGCUCACGAUCCUGACGGAUGCGUCGGAGGCACACCAUGCAGGUCAUUUGAACUGGAACGCAUCCAGUCAGCAUGGCUCGAAUCAGGGUGUCACAAUGCUUGCGCUGCGCGCACGCCAUUCACGCAUGCUGUUCAAAGCAGACAGCGUAGACGAUUUCCAGGGCAAGGAUGGUGGUGUCAAUCGUGCAUGCCGCGGAGCGAGUGCAACAGACAACAAUCCAAGCAACUACGAAAUUCAUGCUGCAGCGACCCUGGACGAAUGCAAGACAAUUUGCAUGUCUGUGGCCGGCUGCAAGGGCAUAGAGUUCAGUCGUGGUCGAUGUGAGGUGUGGACACGCAUGGGAGGAAUUGAGGCUACAAUCGAGCUGUCUGGGUUCAGCUGCUACACAUACGGAGAAACCGCCGCAACUGGUGAGUUUUACCCUGUGGAUGGCGGUGUAGAUCGCGCAUGCCGAGGAGGAAGCACAACAGACAACUCUCCAAGCAAUUACGAAGUCCAUUCUGUAACCACUCUGGACAACUGCAAGGCAAUUUGCAUGUUUGUAACCGGUUGCAAGGGCAUUGAGUUCAGCCCUGGCCGAUGCGAGGUGUGGACACGCACGGGAGGAAUCCAGGCCAGCCGCGAGCUUGCAGGGUUCAGCUGCUUUUCUUACUCCAACGUAUCCAAUGUGGAGAAGUGCUCCGAGCUCAGCAGCGCGCAAAUGUCUGCAGCCUUGUCCGUGUCACAUAUCCCGCUGUCAGUCCCACGAAACAGCCACUGCUCAGAGUACGGGACGGCCUUGUCCUGCCGCCACCUGCACUACGCGGCCUCCGCCACCAGCGACAUGCAGGCGGUGCUUUACAACGACGACGCGGGGAAGCCGCAGCUCCUGUUGCUGGGGCCGGCGAACUCCGUCGUGACCGGCCCGCGAGCCCUGGCUUCCUCGUCCUCGAAGAUCCGGGGGUUGGAGUUCGACUCGGCGGGGCACCUGGUGGUGCUCCUAUCGGGCGCCGAUGGCGCGAGCCUCUUCAAGAAGUUCUCGGUGCCGAGCCUCGAGGAGGUCUGGAGCGCGUCGGUGCGCGAGGCAGUGGGGCUCGACAGGUGGACUCCAGACGCCGCCCAGUCCCUGGCAGCAUCAUCCAGCCGUUACAUUCAGCACUCCGCCGGCCUUUGCACGUCUGGCUGGUGCUCCGGACAUCAAGGAGGGAUGCUGGUUGUCAUGGACUCGGAUGGGCAGCAGCGCUCCUACUCUGGGGAUGCCUGGGCCUCCCACUCAUGCAAGCAGAUGGCGGCUUACAGCGCAAUUUCCGACACCUUCCUCCUUGGAAUGGCUGGAGAUUCGUAUCCAGAUGCGCUGAUGUUUUCGACCCUGAAGGACGACAUUUUGAUGCCGGCUGCGAGCUUCCAAAGUUGGGGAGAUGGUGCUGGCGCGCAGGGCAUCAGCAGCGCUGCAAUCAAGGCAGACUUGUCGGGCGGCUUCGGAGCCGUCUGGACAUAUGGAGAGAAGAGCGGGCCGCGUGACAAGCUUUAUUUUGCGACCUUUGAUUCCAAUGGAAGUUUUGUGACGGCUCCUCGCCUCUUGUUUGACGAUGCUGGCUCGGAGAUCGGAGGCAACCUUGUCCCUCUUUCCGACGGCAAGUGGCUGGUGGUCUAUACCAAGUCUGACUCGGACGUUAUCUCUGACUACAUGAGGACGCUUUGGGACGACUGGUCGCUGCCGGAGGACCUGAGGUCGCAGGGAGGCCGCCUGGCGGUGGUGAGUGGCCAAGGCGAGGUGCUCAAGGACGGCAUUCAGCUGAGCCCAGAGGCCAGCCUCCCCGUGGAGCUCAACCACCUGGUAACGCGCAGCCAGGGCUUUGGCUGGGCGUCUGUGGACGCGAGUGGCCAGAAUUUGCGCAUCGCGCACCUGCAGUGCUUGUAGGUGGUGGAAGAGGAAUUCGGACCUCGGGAGAAGGUUUCAGAGAGUUUUAGAGGCAGCGGUCGGUGGCUUCGUGGGGGUGUCUCCAAAUGAGGGGACCUUCCAAUAAGGGUGCCCUCAAACUAGGCUUAGAAUCCAUUCGGCUAGCAGUGGUCAUGACUCUGGGGUCAUAGUGAUUCCCAGUGAUCCACAUAAGUCCAUGGCACGUCUACGAGCCUUCUCCUGGGUCGGUCUGGUGGUGCCGGCUUGCGGCGUUGCUAUAGAGAUCGCUUGCAAGCCCGCAGCACGCGCAUGUGCAGCUGAAAGGGAUGAUGGUGGAUGUACACUCCGCCUGCGCAACAGGCAAACUUGCGCCAUCCGGCUUUUGGCAGUUUUGCGAAUCUGUACACCGCACAACCGUGCAACUGCAAAUGAUUCCGAAGAAGGAUGUAUAGAAUUAGUUCGGGUUUCCUGCGGGGUUGGCUGUACAAAGCGGCUGACUUCCGCGACGAAACGCUCGCUUCUUCGCUUAGAAGAGCCAGAGACGUGAGAAUAUCUCUGGGCGUUCUGCUUCUUGUUUCCCUUCAAGGGAUUGCAAGACGGCGGUUCC